AUGAACUCUAUUAUCCAGUGCCUGAGUGGAACAAUUCCACUAGCGCGAUAUUUUAUUUCUGGAACUUAUAAAAAUCACAUCAAUGGCAAAAACCCACUGGGCACAGGAGGUGUAUUAGCAAAAAGCUUUGCUGAACUUUUGAGUGUGAUGUGGAAUGACAACUACAACUUUAUAUCUCCUGUAACAUUCCGAAAAUCCCUUAUUAAAUUUGCACCCCAGUUUUCUGGUACUGAGCAACAAGAUUCCCAAGAGUUUUUAAACUUCUUGCUCGAUGGUCUUCAUGAAGAUGUUAAUACUGUCAUAAGGCGCCCAUCACCGACUUUGGAAAGCCCAGAGGAAGAGGCCGCCUUUGAAAAGUUACCCGAUUGGAAGGCCAGUGGAAUAGCAUGGGAAAAAUACUUGGCUCGCAAUGCUAGUUUGAUUGUUACUCUUUUCCAAGGACAAUACCGAAGUCGAUUAAGAUGUUUGUCAUGCAAUACUACAUCUACAACCUAUAACACCUUCAUGUCACUUUCAUUACCAAUACCAGCUAAACGUAGUGGCCCUCCAAGUGUAUCUCUUUUCCAAUGCCUGGAUUAUUUUGUCAAAGAAGAAGUUUUAGAAAAAGACAAUGCAUGGAACUGCCCAACUUGUAAAAAACGUCGUCGUGCCACAAAAAGCCUAACUUUAUCCCGUCUUCCUGAUGUCCUUCUCAUACAUUUGAAACGUUUCUCAUUCGAUGGACCCUUUAGAGAUAAAUUAGAGACCAUGAUUACAUAUCCACUAAAAGGACUUGAUCUUUCUGGAUAUGUGCCUAGUACAAUGACAGAUCCAUCGCAGGAGAGACCAUCAUUCAAUUAUGACUUGUAUGCUGUAUCUAAUCACUAUGGCUCACUUACUGGCGGACAUUAUACUGCGUGUGUACGUAACAAGUACAGAGACCAAUGGCAUAAUUUUGAUGAUACUCGAUUUUCUGUCUGUGAUGAAGACAAGGUUAUGAGUCGAGCAGCUUACAACCUAUUCUACGUGCGAUCAACAGUACGAUAAAGAGCCAAUAUCCAUAUACAUCUUUCUGUAUUAUUUUUUUCUGAUAUACACUAUAACUAAUGUUUCACACAUGAAAAUAAAAAUAAAAAUACACCCCUUCAAAUCUGAAC